CCAAGUUAACCAAUUGACCAUAUUUCGUCUAGAUAAAAAUCCUGCAUAAGCUGUUUCUAUAAUUUUACUUCGUACACUAACAUUUAACUGAAAACUAUUCCAUCUGGUAAAAUGAAGUUGAUGCUUAUUUUGAGCCUUGCCGCGCUGGCAUAUGCAAAUCCAGCCAACUACGGCUUUUCAUCAAAUCAGUGGAAUCCAGUAUCGACCCAGGUUUUGGCUGGAAGUGCCCAACAGGCUUCGCAGUUUCCAUUACAGAACCUCUACUACCAACAAGUGCAACCUUCUGGUCGUGACCUGUACUCUGUCGUUCCGGUCCAGAAUCAGUAUUACCCGUACACCUCAUACCCUUUCACUGCCAAUGCCCGUGACCUUUCUGGUACCACCGGCACCGUUACCGCGCGCCAGAUGCAUCAGCUGCCAGGAUCAAAUUUCCAUCAGACGCCUUCCAUGACAAGCUUUGCCGGUAGCGUGGAACCACCGGUCGGCCGCAACAUCCUGACCAACACCUUUACCGACAACACAGCGUUUCCCAACCGCAAUUUCCCGGUACAGGAUAAAACCAUCAUUCCAACCCUUUUGAGCGGCAUCGACAAGGCUUCCCAAGAUAUCCGUACGAAUCCUGAUACAAUCAAGGUUCUGGGGAAAGAUGCCACCAUCACCAUGAUUUCCCACGAUGACGGUUCCAGCGUGCUGCUUAUCAAUGGAACGCAUGGGAAGACGGCCGCACAAGAUUACUUGAAAUGGGUUGACCAGCAGCAAACCAUCAAUACUACCACCACCGGCACCACCGUCGGACAAGACACCCAGACGAUUUUUCAGUUUCCUACCAGCAACAACAACAUUUGGACCAAUACCGGUGAUGCUACGUGGAAACCCUCAGCCCAAAGCGUCAUCAGUGCACUGACAACGCCAACGGACACAUUCCAACCGGCAACCUCUAACACAGGAUUCCAAUCAGCGCAGUUUGCCAACGAGAACAUCAAGAACGUGGACACCAGCAUCAACACGAACACCAAACCCAUCUUCGCCGUCAGUGCCGGUCCCAUCCGCAGUCCGUCUAAUACCUGGACCGUCAAUGCCAAACCCGCCAACGAAUGGACUGUUAAUGCGAAACCCGCCACCGAAUGGAACGUUAAUGCCAAACCCGCCACCGAAUGGACCAAUAUCGACGCGACGACCAACACCGACAUCACCAACAAGCCUGUUGCCGUUGUCGCUGUAGUUAAGCCUUCCGUUGCUACCGGAACCAGCAGCACCUGGGAUGCCACCGCAACAGCCGGCAAUGGUAACCUUUGGGUGUUUGACUUCCUGGCACCUCCGGUGACCUCGGCCAAGUUGACGAAAAUUCUUGCGGACGCCGUACCCGGCAAAGAUUAUCCGGCUCUGACGGAAAUCCCCGCAACCUCCUUCACGUGUGCCUCGAAGAAGCGAGUGGGAUUUUAUGCCGAUGUGGAAACCAACUGCCAGGUGUUCCAUCGCUGCGAUGUGGAUGGCGUCAAGACGGACUAUCUGUGCCCGGAGAAAACCGUAUUUAACCAAGUCACGUUGAACUGUGAUUGGUGGUACAAUGUUGAUUGCGCUAAUUCACCGAAGUUUGAGCAGUUUGCCAACAUCCGUUUGUACACUGACCAACCCCUUUUCGACACUCCUCCCAAGGAAUAUGUUCCUAAAUGGGUGAACUUGUAUUAUGCUCAGCUCCAUAAGGACCGUGCGGACAACACCAAACGUUUUUCUUUCACAACUGUAUAAAAGAUUUGUUGAACAUAUUUCCAAGGGUAAUCAUCGUUUCCGUAUCUUUGGCUUGGAAUAAUUCUCGUAUAAUUGCUACCUGAU